AUGGUUGUUCGUGAGCUGCCCGAUGAUUUCACUUUCUCGCAGUUCCUUGCAGAAGCAGCUAUGAGGCUUGUUGUCAUCGACUUUUACGCCAACUGGUGUGGUCCUUGUCGUGCAAUUUCACCACAUAUAGAAAGCCUGUCUGAAAAGUAUCUACAAGUCAUUUUUAUCAAAGUCAAUGUGGAAAUAUGCAGACAAACGAGCACUCAAUUCGGAAUUAAUGCAAUGCCAACGUUUGUUUUCUUAUGUAGUGGUCGUGAAGUGGAUCGAAUGAUGGGUACAAGCGUUGAAAUGUUGGAAACGAGAAUUAUUCAACAACUUAAAGAAAGCCUUGUUGCAACAUCAAAUGAAAGAAUUUUUUUGAAAAAAUUCGUUGAAUAUUCACAACGGAUGCAAAUUUAUGAAGACGAAAUUUCACAAGCAUUAGCUAGAAGCCUUAUACCUUGCGAUAAACUGACACAGGCAAGCAAGGUGAAUGGAAGAACAAACAAAUUUGAACUUGUGAAAUCGUUAUUGAAUUGGUUCAAAACGGAUUUUUUUGUGUGGACUGAUAUUCCGAAAUGUGAAUUAUGUGGUCAGAAUGCGGAGCAGUCUAAAGAGGAAUUUUCUGCAACGGAAGAAGAACGAAAGUGGGCUGCCUAUCGGAUUGAAGUUUAUAAGUGUCGAAAAUGCGACACAAAUAUUCGUUUUCCGCGCUAUAAUAAUCCAGUCAAGUUAUUAGAAACAAGAUGUGGCAGAUGUGGUGAAUGGGCAAAUUGUUUUGCACUGUGUUCCCGAGCACUAGGUUUUGAAACACGGUGGGUUUACGAUGUUACAGAUCAUGUUUGGUGUGAAAUAUGGAUAGAGGAUCUAGACAGAUGGGUGCACUGUGAUCCAUGCGAAAAUAUAAUUGAUACUCCUUUAUUAUAUGAAAAGGGAUGGGGAAAGAACCUAAGUUAUGUUAUCGCGUUUGGUUUGGAUCAUGUACGAGAUGUUACAUGGAGAUAUACUUUUAGUCAUUUUGAAACGCUUACUAGAAGGAAUUCUUGCCGAGAAAUAGUUCUGAGAAAUUUCAUACGAAAAUUGAACGCUCGCUAUGCGAGUUUGAUGUCGGAAGAGAAGAAGAAAGAAAUGGAAAGAAGGUAUAUGAAAGAACUGGUUGAAUUCAUCAGUCCCACUAUGCAGUUGCGUGACGUUGAAGAAAAAGGAAGAACAACAGGAUUAGAAGAAUGGCGGAAACAACGAGGAGAAACUGGAAAUGGAACAUCCACUGGACGAGUGCUUGUGCCAACUGAAAAGGAAAUUCUUAGUAAAGUAUUCAGUUUGGAGUAUGAUUGUGCGAAAGAUCAAUACAGAAGGGGUGUUGAUUUAAUAAAAGGUUGGCAAAGCCUGGUCAGUAAGCAAAAAAAUGUAUAUCGAGUAGUAGACCAGAUGAAGAAUGUGGCUUAUAUUUGUUGCCAAGAAAGCAAAGCAAAUGGUGAAUUAUGCUGGUCGUUUGAUUUCGGUGUUCAUAAGAUUAAAAACAUCGAGUUUCGACUAGACGGUAUCAAAAAAGCUAAUGGCAUAAUGAAAGCAAUCAUUUGUUAUGGCGAUAUAUGUGUAAUGGUACCUCCAACUGGUGAACUGGAGUUGGAAACCAUUGAAGGUUCAAAAAUAGAUAUAAAAAUUCAUUUCUCGGGUGUGGACACACAGCUGUUCCUAAUUAAUCUUCAUUCCGUAGACUACUCCAGUUUUCGUGUCAAAGCUUUCUUCUCUUAA